AUGAAUUCCACCAAGACCGUCAUGCUCGCCAGAUUCAAGUCGGAGUUUGAGCAGCAAAAACUGUGGAACACGCUGUAUGAACAUCGCGUGGCCUUGUCCAUCACUUUUGUUGCGCUCUUACUUGUACACAAGUUACUUUUCGUCUUUGAUCAUGAUCAACGGGAGCCGACCCUGAUCAAGCCUCGCAUUCCCCUUAUCGGACAUGCCAUCAAUAUCUACCGUAUGGGUUCGCGGCAUUUUGUGUGGAUAGCGAAAAAAUGUGGGCUUCCGAUCUAUUUGAUUCCCGUGCCAGGCGGCAGAAUCGCCGUGGUCAGUACUCCAGAGCUUCUCUCGCACGUAGACAAGAACCCCAGUGCUAUUGCCUUCGCUCCCAUUGCCGCACUUGUCAUCGACAAAUUGUCCGGUCUCUCAAAGCAAGGCUCACGGACAGUUCUCGACAAGACUAUGGGCCCAAAAAAACUCGAGGGAUACAUGAAUGCCGUGAUGCUGGAUAUCCACGCGACGCUAGCCCCAGGGCCCAAGCUCGAGGCCAUCACCACGCGGGUCGCAUACGACUUGAAUGAUUCAAUCAAGAAGCUGCACGGAAAGUCCACACGGAUGAAUCUGCUGCAUUGGUUUAGGCAUGAGCUGGGCAUGAGCUCGACGAAUGGCAUUUAUGGGCCUGAGAACCCGUUUAAAGACCCCAAGGUGGAAGAAGGCUUCUGGGCUUUCGAUGACAAUAUCUCCGACCUGCUGAUCACUCCCAAAGCCAGCUUGACCUGUCCCACUGGCGACCGCGGGCGUGCUAAUGCAUGGGCUGGCUUUGCUGAGUACUUCAAGAAGAACGGACAUCUGCAGGGCUCGGAACUCGUCAAAGCCCGACAUCGCCACGCCGCCGAGCGCGGCCUCUCGAACCUCGACAUUGGCAAGCUAGAGGUCACCAUGAUCAUUGGCAUCUUGACCAAUACCGUUCCAACCAUUUUCUGGGCCGUGUACUACGUCUACCGCGACGCCGGCUUGCUGGCUUCGCUCCGAGAGGAGAUUAGCCAGAUUGCGACGCUGACAGACAGCUCCCAAGGCGGUAGCCGCUCCUGGAAAAUCAAGAACAUCGACUUGAAAAGCAAAGCGCCUCUACUGAACGCCACCAUUAAUGAGACCUUCCGCCACCGCACAUGCGGCAUUUCCUCCCGCUUCGUGUCCGAAAAUGUCACCCUCAAAGACCAAUAUCUCCUCAAGAAGGGCACUAUUAUGGAACUGCCAAACAAUGUUCUGCACUCCAACCCGGCCUACUGGGGUCCCACAGCUAGCGACUUCAAUCCCAGCCGCUUUCUCGCUGACCCACGCUCUGCUGAGGUAAAGGCUGCCCGCGGCGCCUUCCGCCCUUUCGGAGGAGGCGCGAGUCUUUGUGCCGGGCGGCAUCAAGCCAUGAGCCAGAUGUUAGGGGCCUUGGCGCUAUUUAUCAUGAGCAGUGACUGCGUCCCGGUGGACAAUGGAGGCGAGUGGAAGUUCCCAGGCGCCCAUGGGCAUACGAUUGCCGCAGCGGUGGAUUUGCCGAGCAAUGAUCUGUGGCUGAAUGUUAGCUCGCGCAAGGGGUAUGAGGCUGAUUUCUGGGAGUUGGAUCCGGACGCGAAAGAGUAA